AUGGCUGCCCUAAAAACAGAAGAACACCCUACCGAAUCCCAAUCAACGCCAAACGCCGGUGCUGGUGUCGUUCCUCCUGGGUUGAAAGUUAUCCCUACCCAUAGAUAUGACCCCCGCUCCGACGACGAAAUCACAUCAUGGCUUCAAAAGAGACAUCCAGUCACGUCCGAAAAGAACAUCUGGGCCUUUUGGGAUUCUGGAUUCUCAAACAUGCCGCCUUGGAUUCAGCGCAACGUAAUAAGCUGGGUACGACGCCUUGGUCCUGACUGGACCGUCCACCUUCUCAACGGCAUCCCUGAAUCUGAAACGUACGCUCGUCAUUACAUCGACGACGCCUUGCUUCCCAAGGCAUUUGUCAACAAUACCAUGGAUGGCAAGCACAAAGGAACACACCAAUCCGACGUCAUUCAAUUACCUCUUCUAUUCUUGUACGGAGGCGUUUGGAUGGACGUCGGAACCAUGCUGUUCAGACACAUCGACGACAUUUGCUGGAAGCAGAUUGAAGACGCUGAAUCGCCCUACGAAAUAUGGGGCUUCCAUCUACGCUAUGUCAUGGUGAACACAUUUAUCGGCUGCAAGAGUGGUAACCCUUUUAUUAAACGCUGGCUCGACAUGUUUCUCGGUCUCUGGGAAGAUGCCACCAAUACCAUUGGAUUCCACAGGAAGGAGUCGUUUGCCAAACUCCCUCACAUUACAAGCCCAUCCCCUGAGCUCACGGCCGGGGAUAUGAUUGACUACGGAGCUCAUGUUGCAUGCAUCAACCUCGUGCGUGAUUCUGUCGAUGAAUCAAGUGGCUGGAACGGUGUUGAGUAUUACAAAAAACACAUGCUCUUGCACGAUGGCGAAAAGGAGAUGGCACUCUUGCAAGCCCUCACAGCCUGGGAUGGAAAACUCGAGUUUGAGCUUCUCUCCAGAAAACGUUCUGGUGAGGGCGCGGUUGUUGACGAAAGCUGGGUAGCUGCCGAUGAAUUGGUCCAAAAUGUCAUUACCAACUCGGCACUGCUGAAGUUGUCCCAUGGGCCAAAGGGAAUGUUUCGGUAUACACUUGCCUGCUUCUGGGAUCGUGAAGAGAAUCAUGACGCCGAUGUGGCUCCGGGUACAUUUGCAGAGUAUCUUCGGUUUGCUAGUCUGCAUUAUGAGCAGACGCGAGUGUUGGAAGCAACGGCAGGGGAGGACCUUGUCAAGGAAACGCCGGACUAUAAUGCAUUCCAGGAUAAGUGCGGACAUGAUGGCUAG